UUGCCCCGAUCAAUAUGGCCGCGUGGUACAGUUCAGUGCUCCGCUCGUAACUGGAUUUAUCAAUACACAUAUGUGCAGUGUUUACAUUAUAGGAUGUGUGAACAAUGGAGAUGGAUUAGAGUGGGAUUUAUUUGUGUGUCAGUGGAGCGUACAAUUGAUCAGUAAUACUGUCUGAUUCUACACAGGACAUUAGCUCCUGGAAUCCAUUGGAAUUAAUAAUUAAUUGGGGGAUUAAGUUGGUGCGGAUCAAUUGAAUUGAUACCAUGGGAAAGCACUAUCACUGUAAUUAUUGUGACAGAUCGUUCAAGGAUAAUGCAGAUGUGAGGAGGAAACAUUUAUCGAGUUUGCAACAUGCCAAGAAUCAUGCGGAGCAUUAUCGACAAUUUAAAGAUCCUGAAGAUAUUUUAAGAGAAGAAUCAGCGAAGAUAUCAUGCAAGAAACUAACUUCAGAGAAUGGAUGCCCAUUCGGGUCUAGCUGCAGAUUCUCACACUACACUGCUCCUAUGAUGUGGGAACUCCAGAGAAUCGUAUCAUUGAAGCAUCAGAAAGAGUUGGAGAAGUCCUCAUCAAAUAUUCCAAAUCCAACCGAAAUCAUCAACAAAUUCUUUCAAGAUCCCCUGACCUCCACCAUCACCGAGCGAGUUGACCAGCCAAUCUGGAAUAUUCCUACCGAACUGAAAAACUGGUCACAUUUACCACCCUCGCUGUGGCCAAUCACUCCAGCGAGUGUAACAGAUUCAAAUUUUCCGAAAUGGGGAUGACGUCUUCCACAAACACCUUUAAGGUAUUAAAAUAUAACGAAGAUAAAUGUUUCAUAUUUUUUUAAAUAGAGAGGAAGAAUAAAUAGAUUUAUUCAGACGA